CCCGGAAUGGAGAUGCAUUCAACGCUCCUGUGUUCCAUGUAGACUGUCGUUGGUGGCCAUCGUCUUCUUCAGAAAAACAAAUGCAGAGUGGUGCAAUUCAAUAAGUGUGAAUAUAAACGUGUGAGUUAGCAACAUUUAUACCUAAUGCGCCCCACGAAGGAACGAAUUUUAUGACUGACGAAACGGACGUCAAUCCAACCUCCCACGGAGAGCGGAAAUUAACGAGGAAGCCUGAAUGCAACGAAGGUCCGUUUUUGGGUGAAGGCGACGACGAUUAAUGGAAGAGCAGCAGCGACGAUUUCAGACUCGUCUGUCACAACACACCUGACACCUUCCUCCACCCGUUCCAAACUGCUUGGACCCGUUUCUUCACUUCCUGACCACACUCACCAUUGCUCUGGACGGUGGACCCCAAGUAUUUAAAGUCCUCCAUCCUUGCUAUCUCUUCUCCCUGUAGCCUCACUCUUCUUCCACCACCCCUCUCAUUCAUGCACAUAUAUUCUGUUUUACUUCAGCUAAUCUUCAUUCCUCUUCUUUCCAGUGCAUGCCUCCAUCUUUCUAACUGUUCCUCCAGCUGCUCCCUGCUUUCACUGCAGAUCACAAUGUCAUCUGCAAACAUCAUGGUCCACGGGGAUUCCAGUCUAACCUCAUCUGUCAGCCUAUCCAUCACCACUGCAAACAGGAAGGGUCUCAGGGCUGAUCCCUGAUGCAGUCCCACCUCCACAUGCAGUACCACAGUUCCUCUCUGGGUACUCUGUCAUAGGCUUUCUCUAGAUCUACAAAGACACAAUGUAGCUCCUUCUGACCUUCUCUGUACUUUUCCAUCAACAUCCUCAAAGUAAAUAAUGCAUCUGUGGUACUCUUUCUAGGCAUGAAACCAUACUGUUGUUCGCAAAUACUCACUUCUGUCCUGAGUCUAGCCUCCACUACUCUUUCACAUAACUUCAUUGUGUGGCUCAUCUCACCCUUGUUCUUAAAAAUGGGCACCAGCACACUUUUCCUCCAUUCCUCAGGCAUCUUCUCACACGCUAGAAUUCUAUUGAACAAGCUGGUCAGAAACUCCACAGGCACCUCUCCUAGAAGAAUCGGAAUCGAGAAUCGUUAGGAAUCGGAAUCGCUCAAAGUCAAACGAUGCCCAACCCUAAUGGAGAUGGUCCAGUGAGGUUGGCAUUGGUCAGCAAUGAGUCAAAAUAGUCCCUGCCUGUGGAGCCAGCUUCCCCAGAGCAUCAGCGCUCCUUGUGACCGCUACAAGCAUGCUUGCUGCAGCCAUGAUGGAAACGUCUAUAUCCUGGGAGGAAGAGACAACGGCACUCUGAGGGACUUUUGGAGGUACAGUGUAGUGCGUAAUGAAUGGACAGAGUUGAGCAGCAUAGGUGAGACUGCACCAGAGGAAGUGGAGGCGCAUUCCAUGGUCGCUCAUGAGGGCUUUAUAUACGUGUUUGGAGGCACACUGGAUUCAGCAUACACUUCGCUGAGAUGUCCCCUCUGGGUGUUUGACAUUGCCAAGCAGAAAUGGGUGCACUGUCCAAGAAAAGCAAGUGGGCCUCAGUCUCCAAUGCCAACGAACAGAAAAGGCCACAGUGCGGUGGUGGGAGGCUCAUCCAUGCUGGUGUACGGUGGCUUCGUAGAUAUAAAGGGAUCGUCUCAAGAAUUUUGGAGUUUGGAUUUUGAUACCAUGGUUUGGUCGCUCCUCACUGGUUUACAGCAGGGAUCUCUUAGCCCGGGUCCAAGACAUAGUCACUCUGCAAUGGUCUACCAGAGCUGCAUGUACCUGUUUGGUGGCUUGAAAGGCUUGAGAGAGCAGAGAGAUUUCUGGAAGUGGAAUCCUGCCAGCUACACGUGGAGUUCGCUCAAAACCAAAUCUGGACCCUCAAAAUUGAUUGGUCAUUCAGCUGUAGCCUACAAGGACAGCAUGCUUCUUUUCGGGGGAGGAGAAAGCCUGAACUAUCCAAAGAACUGUCUAUGGAGGUACAACUUCUCCACUCAUACAUGGUGGCAAAUAAACACAAUGCCGGGAUCGAGCUCUCCAGAUAAGAUUCACCACUGUUGUAUUGGUCUUGGCCCGAACUACACAGCCGAGACCACCAGCAUCUGCUCAGAAGCCAACCCAAAGCUGCACUAUGAGAAAUUUAGGCCUUUCAAAAACAAAUGUUUUCCUGCCCCACUCACUUUUCUGGGAUCAGAGGGCGCUAUAGAGCUGCAAACUUUCACCUUAGACAAGUGUCACCUCAAAAAUCUUAGUCAUGCCACAGAACUUGACAAAAGUGACUUACUGGAAAAAACUGUGCAUCGAGAUGGAAGCUGUCUGACAUUUGAAAACAAAGCAUUUAGUAAAGACGGGAGCUGCACAGAGGAGGAGUUGCUCGAAGGAGAGGAUGAAGAUGUGUCACAGCAUUUGCCUGACCUGCUACUGGUGUUGGGAGGCAGACCGUGUCUUGGACUUAAUCCUCUCUCGGUUUGGCAAAUGACUCUGUCUGAGUCUUGACAGCCUUUAAAGAGCGCAUUUUAAAAUAUGCUCCUCUUAUUCAGAGAAUGCGGGAGAAAAACAGUGUUAUGCUAUUGUGUUACCUUCAGUGUAAUGUUGACAUAUGUUAUUGUUACAAAAUAUUUUUAUUAUGGAGUAAUCCCUUGUUAUAUCGCAGUUCACUUAUUCCAGAUUCAGAGCAUUGCAGAUUGUAUUAUUAUUUUUGAGUGUAAUGCAGUAACACACCUGCAGUUAGCAAUGACUUACAUAAGGACAAAGGGGCUCUUUCAAUGCAGAGAACAAAUUUUGUGUGUAUGCAUGCAUGUUCAUGACAAUAAAAGGUGAUUCUAUUCUAUUUACUAAAAAGAAACCUUCAGGCCUUUUCACACUGCACUUGGCAAUGCGCAUGCCGCCCUCAACUUUCCCAUUCAUUGUGUAUGUGGUGAGGGGGCCGCAGUGCAUUUUGCCAUGUCACUGUGCGGCAAUGCAGAGGGGGUCUGUCACACCGCGGUGCGCCCUCGAAUAGAAAAAUGUUCUAUUCCAGAGCGGCUUCAAACUCUUUCAAAGCUCCCUGCUCAUCUUGAAAUACACCUCGAAUCGCUCUUCCUGGAACUAUAUAGCUCACGAACGAGCUUAAACUCCGAGAUCCUGCUGUGAAAUUAGUCUGGGAUACACCCAUUCCCUUUUUUUGCUGCUGCCUCACCUCCUCCUCCUCCUAAAAAUAAGCAAAGUUGGCUUUCUUUUGCAACAAUCACGAAUACAUAUUGCCAAGUUAUGGUCUACUCAGCAGGGAACACCCCCCGACUUUCUUGUAGGCUGCUAUGUCAGCACUUCCUAAUAUGGGCAUUGUCCGCAUCGGUCACACUGGGUGGCUGUUUUCUUGACGUUUUGCCGCAGAGACCUUUCACACUAGGCAAGUUGCAUUGGGAAAAGGCCUUUACUGAGUCAUUUUGACUCCGACAUUUGAUACGUCGCCAUGUUGCUUAUUGGUUCAGUGAACGUGCCACUGUUUAAGAAGAAGAAGAAGAAGAAGAAGAAGAAGAAUCAUCUUUUAUUGUCAUGAACAUGCAUGCAUGCACACGAAAUUUGUUCUCUGCAUUUAACCCAUCACAGUGAACACAUACACAUGUUAGUGUGUUAGUGUAGUUAACACACAAGCACAGUGUCAGAGUUUCAUUAAAAAUAAAUGCACGUAUUGCUAAUGCACACACGCAUAACAAUGCAGACAGGAACAAAUACAAGUAAAGAGCAACGUUUAGCUUGAUUUUCUCCAACUACAGUACUAUAGUUAAAAAGAGCACCACCCACAAAGAAUUCUGGGACGCAGUGGGAUCUGCCGGCCCUACUUCCCGUGAUGCUUUCCGCCGCCUACACGCCGGGACCGUCACUGUGGAGCGCAGUGCCUAAUGUUUUAGGAAUCGCCUGUUAAAUCACCCGUUCACACCAUGUCUGCAUGGGCUGUUGUUCAUGUCACUCAAGCAGAGCACACCCACCUUUUAUAGGCAUGUGCUCGUGUAGAGUGUGUGAAUGCCGAAGUCAGGUGGGCAAAUGAAUACCGUUACCUCUAUAAAGUAGCACCUAUUGACUUUGUAUUGCAUAUAUAAAACUUUUAUUUUUUUUUGAUAUAAAUAUUACAAUAAAUAAUUGAUCUCAACUUCCAAUUUCAUCUAUUCUAGGGGGUUUCUGGAAUGUAAACGCUGCGCUAAUUUUAAAAAAAAAAUUUUGAUGUCGUUUUUCAUUCAUCAACUAAUUUUAAUCAUGAUACAGCUGUAUGCACAACCUUCCUCUUGAGUUAAUAAAGGAAAUUGUUUAAGCUUU